UUUCCGGUUUUCUAAGAAGCGCGCAAGCAGGGAUUGAGUAUUUUCUCGUUUUUUUUCUGCUGGCUUCGGGCGACGCGAGGCCGUCGGGGCCGCUGAUCAGUGGAGAGCCAAGGUGUGGGGCGUUGUAUGUAUACUGAUUGUAAACUGACCAAGAUUUUCGUCCCACUAAUGAUCGGCAGUCCGUAAGACGUUUAGAAGCCCGGCGGGGUGAAAUAAAACUCGUGGCCGAGUUCGUGCAAAGUAACUUCAGCUCAUGGCUACAGUUACGGUCACCAUCAGUGGUCCCCUGCUGGCUACCCUCAUAUAUGAGCAUUGCAACAGUCCUGGUGACCAGGAGGGCUUUCUCUUGGGAGAAAUAUCAAGUCGUAUAACGGAUACGAUCAGUGACGCUCAGCUGCACGGCGAAAAAGAGGAGACUAACCUCAAAAUAUGUUCUAUUAUUUCGUGUGACCUAUUCGAAUUCUACGACAAAAAGUGCCAUCUAAUUGUGGACAAAUUGUCGGCGCUGCUACGAGACAAGCAAAAGGAAGUUGUUGGGUGGUACCGCUUCAGGCGCAACACCAGCCUGCAGACAUCCCUGCGAGAACAGGUGCUCCAUCAACGAUUGGUUCGAAAGCUUGGCCAAGGCUAUGGAAAUUACUUCCUGCUGGCACUCUUCAGAGGCUGCACCUCAUCCAAUGAUGCAACACACUCCAUGGAGCAUGUCUUCUUACGCUCUACAGAUCCUGCUUUCAAACAUUAUUCUGCAGUUCCACUGCAUAUAGUGAACCUUGGAGAGCCUGGUCAUUCAGAUUACCGCAUGUACCCUGGUUCUGCUGCCAGCAUCCACCAAGGGGCUUUCUGUGAAGUACUCAACUCUCUCCCUGCCGACGGAUCACUUGAAAUGGUGAACCACAUGCAUAGACUGCAUAAUCUGCUCCACACCAAACUGAGGGAAGUGCUCAGCAGUGUUGCUGAAUCUGAAGAAGAUGUGGCCACAUUUGUGGAUGACAUCAUUCAGCUGAGAGAGAAGUAUGGAGCACUGAAGAAGGCUGCUGCUGUGGGUGAGGAACUUACUGCAGCAUCUGCAUCGGAGAGCAUCUCGACAACUUCAAAGUAGAAGUCUGUUUUUGGUGCACAUUUACAUUGAAUGGAUGACUGUG